GAGAACUAAAAGUCGGAGCCUUUUUUUCCCCACCGGUUCGUCUUGCAGGGGGACCGACCGGAAGUCACCGCUCCAUUACAUUGUGAGAGAGUGCGGUUGGCUCUGCGUGUUAUUUACAACCUUUGCGUUCGCUCUUCAGCUUUUAACACUUAAUCGAGUAAAGCCUCUGGCGACUCUUCAUCUCAGCGAGAAUGACGGACAGAUACAACAUCCACAGUCAACUGGAGCAUCUCCAGUCCAAGUACAUCGGCACGGGGCACGCCGACACCAGCAAGUGGGAAUGGCUGGUGAACCAGCACCGAGACUCUUACUGCUCCUACAUGGGACAUUUUGACCUCCUCAACUACUUCUCCGUCUCUGAGAAUGAGAGCAAAGCGCGUGUCCGCUUUAACCUGAUGGAGAAGAUGCUCCAGCCAUGUGGACCACCAGCAGACAAACCUGACGAUGCUUAGAUAACACCGGAGUGCGCAAAGGGGUGUUGUUUUUGUAUUUUGUUUUUACUGGAUAUGUUUUGUAGAAUUUGUUUUAUUUUUCUUGGACAUUCACCUUGAUUUUUCUGCCGAACAUUUUCAAUGUUAUGCGCGUCUAAAAUUUCUGAUCAGAACUUCUGCUACAUCCUGCUGUGACCCUGCCAACUCCGGCGGGACGGUCUGCUUACACAACAGACUUUACGUUGUUUGCACCUAGACCACUGAAAAAAGCAUUGUUUCCAGCCCCGCACAGGUCUGCAGCUCUCAGGAGACUUAGCUACAAAGUCGAAGGAAAAGGGGGAAAGGAAGAACUCCGAAGCCUAAACAUUCACUAGAGAAAAUAACAGGGAACAUGUGAACAAAAAGGGUGUACUCUCAUAUGUCAUAUGUAUUUGUAUUAACUGAUGGAGCUGUAUUCUUGAUUUGAAACGUCUGUUUUGAUUUAAUUAAAAUGAUUCUUUCUCUCUG